AUGCUUAGAAUAGGAGAACGCCUCCUCCUUUUUGCAGUAGUGAGUGAAUCAAUAUUGGGGAGUUUAGGGAAUGGAUUUAUUGGAAUUGUGUAUUGCAUUGAUUGUGUGAAGAAAAAGAAAUUCUCUAUGAUUGGCUUCAUUCUUACUGGCUUAGCUAUUUCCAGAUUUUUUCUGAUAUGGCUAAUAAUUACAGAUGGAUUUAUGAAAAUAUUCUCUUCAGAUUUAUAUAUAUUAAGUCAUUUAAUUUAUUAUGUUAGCUACUUAUGGAUAGUUACCAAUCAAUUGAGCAUCUGGUUUGCCACCAGUCUUAGUGUAUUCUAUUUACUAAAGAUAGCACAUUUCUCCCACCACAUUUUUCUCUGGUUGAAGAAGAGAAUCAAUAGGGUUCUUCUUCUUUUGAUGGGAUUCUUGCUUAUUUCAUGGAUGUUGAUUUUCCCAAAUGUUGUGAGGAUCAUUAAUAAAAGAACAGAGAAUAAAAGCACCGUCUCAUAUAUUCACAAUUCGAACACUGAAUUCUUUAUCCACCAGAUUCUGUUCAACCUGGGAGCCAUUGUCCUCUUUGCACUAACCCUAAUGAACUGUGUCUUCUUAAUUGUUUCCCUCUGGAGGCACCACAAGCAAAUGCAAGCAAACUUCACUGGAUCCAAGGACCCCAGCACCAGAGCACAUAUGAAAGCCAUGAAAAUUGUACUAUCCUUUAUCAUCCUGUUUGUCUUGUAUUUUAUAGGCAUUGUUAUAGAAAUAAUAUGUUCUACUAUGCCUGAAAAUCAACUGCUGUUUAUGUUUGGCAUGACAACUGCAGUCCUCUAUCCAUGUGGUCACUCCUUUAUCUUAAUUCUGGGAAACAAUCAGCUAAAGAAGGCCUCUGAGAGUGUUCUACAGCAGUUUAAGUGUCUGAGAAGAAAUCUCACAGAAUGCCAUGGACAAGUUUGA